UUCAAAGAAAAAUAUCUCGAUUAUAAUUUUAAUAUCAUUGUCGGCAUUGUAAUUAAUUUAAUCAGCAAAUCAUGUCAGUGAAAAUAAAAAUGCAUGAGUGGUUAGUGCAGUGCACUCAUGUAAUGGCAGAAGCUGAUCGAUGUGACAAGCUGCUUGGAUCAUUAGCUUUGUUAUUAGCUAAAAAAAAUAAACGAGACAAGAAAAAGAAACGUUUCUGGGUUGCGCCAAUUUUUAAAAAACGCUAUGAGCAUGGUUUUUACCAUGCCUUGCUGCCAACAUUGCGAUUGGAAGAUUUGCGCUUUCAUAAUUAUUUUCGGAUGUUAACUGUGCAAUAUGAAGAAUUGUUAACCAUUGUAGGCCCACAUCUAGAGAGACAGUACGUCGUGCGAGAGCCGAUAAGUGCAGCAGAACGAUUGACGUUAACAUUACGAUUUCUGGCAGCUGGUGACUCCAUGUCUUCAAUGACAUAUCAAUAUUUGGUAGGUUUGACUACUGUAAGCAAUAUUAUUGCUACAACGUGCCAAAUUAUUUGGGAACAGCUGUGUCCUUUGGUUCUCCCAUCUCAACUACUCGAAGAUGACUGGCGGAGCAUCGCAGAAGAUUUUGAGGACAUAUGGGACUUUCCACAUUGCAUUGGAGCAAUCGACGGAAAGCAUGUAAUCAUUCAAUGUCCAGACAAUGCUGGCUCCAAUUUUUACAACUACAAAAACAGUCAUAGCAUUGUGCUAUUAGCUGUUUGUGAUGCUAAUUAUAUUUUCCGAUUCGUCGACAUUGGUGCAUAUGGCAGGCGAAGUGAUGGAGGCAUUUUUCGUGAAAGCCGGUUUGGACAACAAUUCGAUGCAGGAAAAAUGAAUAUUCCAAAACCAGAUCGUUUUUAUAAAGGAGGACCGGAUUUGCCUUAUUGCAUUGUCGGGGAUGAAGCCUUCCCACUAAAAUCAUAUUUGCUACGGCCAUACUCCGGCAAAAAUAACCUGACCGCUGAACAAAGCAUUUAUAAUUAUAGACUCAGCAGAGCCAGGCGAGUAAUCGAAAACUCUUUCGGAAUACUUGCUAGCCAGUGGCGAGUUUACCGAAAACCAAUCAUUAGUAGCGUGGAAACUGCAAUGAAAAUUGUGCAAGGCAUGCUGGAUAGAGAGACGGCAGAAGGUGAUCAAGUACAAGGUUCGUGGAGGACGAUUAUGGAAGAUGGUUGUGCAUUUGUGGACAUCUCCAAAUGUAGCACAAACACAAGUACUCGGAAUGCCAUGCUCAUUAGAGAUGAAUUUUGUAAAUAUUUUAAUAAUGAAGGCGCAGUGGCAUGGCAAAACGAUAAAUAAUUACACAUGAAACUUUCUAUUGAUUUUUGAAGAAAUUUGGUGUAUUUGAAUUCAGCACAAA